AUGAAAUAAUAACCUAAUUAUUAAAGCUUUACAAGUAUUUUCGAUAUUGAGCAAUCAGUAACAUUUUGGGAACCAUUAUAAUAACCUCUUCAUGCAGAGAGAUUACUUUAUAAAGGUAAAUUCUUUGAAUUCACCGGAAAUGUUUGGGUUUAAGAACAUUAUGAUCUUUAUCCUGAAGUGUUAUGUAAAGGUUAAUUUUACAUGCAAUUGCCAGGAGUGUAGAUAAGAAGACUCAAACCUAACGAGACUUAUGGUCCCCAUAAAUAUGGAUUAGGGUUCUUAAAAGGGCCAUACAGGUUGUUGUUAUAUACCGAAUCAGUUGAAUAGCUAAAUUAAUGGUACUAAGUCCAUAGAGUUUAGGCAUGACUACUUGAAAAGACUUUGUCUAUUGCCCAAUUUUAACAAACGCCAUAAAUUAAUUGGUAAGAUUAAGAAUUCACUUAACUUUUAUGAUUGCUAUAAAUGUAUAAAUGGGUAGCAAUAUUAGGUCAAAAUAUUAGAAAAAUCUUAAAUUACACAAACAAAAUAAGUUUUAAGAGAAAUUUAAAUUUUGCGUCGUUUAAAUCAUCCUUAAAUCUAAAAAUUAUUAGAAGUUUAUGAAGACAGCAAUACUGUCUAUAUUUUAUUUGACAAAUUCUUAGGUCAUUCAUUAAAAACCAAAUUGCCAGAUUAUUGGAAGUAAUAAACAUUUUUUAUCUAUAGUUUAACAGAAAAAUAAUAGGCUGAGGUCUGUUUUAAGUUAUUAAAUGCAUUAGCACAUAUACAUUAAAAAAAUAUUAUUCAUAAGGAUAUAAGACCAGAGAACAUUAUAUAACUCAAUUCUCAAUUAUCUAAUCUAAUAAUUGCUAAUUUUGCAAGUGCAGAUUCAAAAGAAAAAUCUAAAAAAAGGAAAGUUUUUAAUCCUGGUUUUAUGGCUCCAGAACUAUUCUAAAAUAGAAACUUUGAUGAUAAAAUAGAUAUUUUCUCUUUAGGUGUAAUAUUCUAUGGCAUCUUUUAUUGCAAAUAUCCAUUUGAAGGCAAAGAUUUUAGAGAAACUGCAACUUUAAAUGAAAAAUGUGAAAUUAAUUUUGAAUAUUCUAAGAAGUUAUCUUCCUCAGCUAUUGAAUUAUUAUAGGGAAUGUUAAAGAAAGAUCCAACUUAAAGGUUUAAUGCCCAAACUGCCUUAAAACAUCAUUGGUUUAUUAAUGCAAGAAGCAAAGAAUAAAUGAAAGGAAACAUGCUUGGAGCACCUUCACUUUCAACAAUCCAAGAAAAAUCAGAAAUUGAUAUCUCUAUGUAAGAUCGUUAAUUUAAUAAAUCGUAAUCUAAAUUAAGAGCUAAAUCUGUAGAUACUUUAUUCAUUACAGAUGCUAAUGAAAUAGAAUAAAUUCCACUUCAUUAAAAAGUAUAAAAAAUGACAGUUAUUUAAUUUAAUCCAUCCAAAUCUAAUCAUUGA